CUCGCGCAGCCGAACCCUCGCUUUCCCCACCAUCACCGCCGCCGGCCGCCGAUCCCGUCGCCGGUCGCCCUGCGGCGCCUCCCGAGCCUCGUCGCAGCCGUUCUCCGUCCCCCCUGACCCCAUCGACACCACCGCCCGCCGCACUUGUUCAGAGUUCAAGCUACCAGCAAUGGCGGCACCCCAGAGCCCACAGAUCUGGGCGACCUCGACCUCGACCUGCACCGUGGAGAGGGCGGGGGGCGCGCACUUGUUUAGGAUCGACGGCUACAGCCUGUCCAAGGGCCUCGGCAAGGGCAACUUCAUCCCGUCGGCCACCUUCGCCGUCGGCGGCCACGACUGGCGCCUCCUCUUCUACCCCGACGGCGACACAGAGGCAAGAAACGGCUCCAUCUCGGUCCACCUCGAGCUCAUGGACGAGGGCGUGGAGGUGAGGGCGCUGUACGAUCUGACGCUGUUCAAGCAAGCCGAACCGAAGUCGGGGUGCUUGAUGUGGACAAAACCGACGGAGCCGGUGGUGUUCAGCCGCUCCCCUGGUAAAACCUCGCACCGGGGCCAUUCCAAUUUCGCGGGGAGGAGCAUGCUCGAAGCUUGGUCGUACUUGAACUUCCCCCGCGACGUCCUUAUCGUUAAUUGCAAGCUCCUUGUUAUCAAGCUCAAGGAAGCACAGAUGCCAAAAACCAGAAUGAACUUUGAGACCAUCCAAGUGCCGCCUUCAGACCUAUCGCAUAAUCUUGGAAGUUUGCUAGAGGCGGGGGAGGAAUCGGAUGUGUCUUUCAAGGUCAAAGAUGAGGUUUUCACUGCCCAUAAAAUCGUCCUUGCAAUGCGGUCGCCGGUCUUCAAGGCGGAGCUCUAUGGGCCGAUGAGGGGCAAGUGCGGGCAGAGCAUAGCCAUUGAAGACAUGGAGCCCGCUGUUUUCAAAGCGCUGCUUCACUUUAUCUACACAGAUGAGUUGCCGCCCAUGGACGACCUUGAUGGUGAUGAUGACAAAGAAGAAAUGGUCAAGCAUUUGCUCGUGGCUUCGGAUAGGUAUGCCAUGGAAAGGAUGAAGUUGAUGUGCGAGAGAAAACUUUGCAAGUUUCUUGAUGCCAAGACUGUGGCGGCCACGUUAGCUCUUGCGGACCAGUAUCAUUGCAGCAAGCUCAAAGAUGCCUGCAUUGGAUUUAUCAACUCUUUGGACAGAAUGGAUGAAGUGAUGACUAGUACAGGGUAUCAACACCUGAAAAGAGCAUGUCCUACUAUCUGUAUUGAUAUAUGGGAGAAAGCCGCCAAGGCUCGCAAAAUAUAGUAUGAUUGCCACAGGUUAGCUUUAGUGUAGUUACUUCAGUAUCCUUUAUGUUGCAGUAGAACGUGCCAAAACGUCUUCCUGGGGUCGAAAGGAAUGCUGGAAACAACUUAGUUUGAACUGAAUUUUAUAUAUGCACUGAAGUUCCUGGAGAUUGUCAAGGGAUUGAUUGAUCAGAAAAAUCAUUGCUGUUUCGCUUUUGCGUUGAUUUCUUCAGGUCGUUUCGCUCUCUCCGUAAUCUAUGUAACCUGGGCAGUCCAGUUCUUUUCCUUCCCUUUGUUGUUGUUUCCCGUGUCUCUGCCAUGUGCAGUGGGGUCGUGUAACCUGUUCAGCUUCAGUGUAGUUACUUCAGUUGAGGCUGUAGCAAUCUGAGAUUAGUUUUUUUAUUUCUUAAGUAUCGGUUAUCGGGGAUCU